GGCUUGAGAGAUGUUAGUUUUAUUCGUGUAAUUUAUAAGAAUGCAGAUAAGACGUAAAUGGGAGUAUUAGUCACCGCCUCCAUGACUCGCAGUCGUCUUAUUCAGUUCUCACCGAUCUGCAAAUUGAUUACGUUAUAUCCCGGAAACGCUCCUUAAAAAAGACAGAAAAGACAGAAAGACCAUUUCGCAGUAAGGACUACGGGAUUUCCCCGAAAAACGUGUCGUCAAAUGUCAAAAAUAGAUUAGGCAAGUUUGACAUUUCCGCGAAGCAACAGUGCCCGUAAGUUAUCGCGUUCUGGUUUCUUUCAUUUUCCUCGAAAUAAGAGUGUAAUUCUGUGUUGAUUUCGUAACAGAUCAAUGCAUUAAAAAGUAGUGUUAAUCACAAACCAGUAUGAAGUACAAAGAAAAGAUCUUUAGUGAUUCAAGCGACGAAGAACCAAUUUUAACCCCGUACAAAGACACGGGAAAAUCAAAGGAAACAAGUAGCAGUCGCGAAGAACCAGUUGCGCCAAAUGACGACGAAUUGCCCAUUAUCAACCUACAAAGCGAAACUGAAGAGGCGGAUGACCCAGUGAUUGUUCACCACAGACAUGUUCGACCAGCGUCGUUGUACGAGAGCUUGGAUUAUGAAAUCUGCGAGAAUACAUUGUGGAAGGCAGAUUAUAAGAGACGAUCUCAAAAAUUAAUUUUUCGCAAAGACCUCGCCCGAUGGCUCAUUUUCCUCGUAAUUGGAAUUAUUACAGCAUUGAUUGCAUGUACUAUCAACAUAGCUAUAGACACUUUUUCGGAAAUGAAAUAUGGAUUCCUUGCAAAAUCUGUUGAUGAAAAUUUACAUAAUGGAAACUUGUAUGUUCCGUAUUUGUAUUGGAUAUUAACCAGUAUUAUCCCUGUGGGGCUGGGGGCUGCUUUGGUUACAUAUCUAGAACCAGUGGCAGCUGGCAGUGGAAUUCCUCAAGUAAAGUGCUACUUAAAUGGGGUAAAAGUCCCGCGAAUAGUGAGAAUUAAAACGUUAGUAGUAAAAGCGAUCGGAGUGGUGACAUCCGUGAUUGGUGGACUGGCUGGAGGCAAGGAAGGUCCAAUGAUUCAUUCUGGAGCCGUAGUUGCAGCUGGUAUUUCGCAAGGAAAAAGUACAACAUUUGUAAAAGAUUUUAGGGUUUUCCGUUACUUUCGCGAUGAUCACGAAAAACGUGAUUUUGUAUUAGGCGGAGCAUCAGCUGGUGUGGCAUCCGCGUUUGGAGCACCAAUUGGAGGAGUUUUAUUCUCGCUAGAAGAAGCUGCAAGUUUUUGGAACCAAAGCUUAAUUUGGAGAAUUUUAGUCUCGUCGACGAUUAGUUCGUUUACUUUGAAUGUGGUUUUGUCAGCCUAUUAUGGACAAACUGAUUUCACGAUUACUGGCCUAUUCAACUUAGGAAAGUUUGAUGAACUGCCAUAUAAGUACUUCGAGAUACCCAUCUUUGUGUUGAUGGGUAUAUGCGGUGGAUUAUUGGGGGCAUUUUGGAACACGACGAACAGUCGUUUUCAUUUAUUCCGUGCCAGAUAUAUAAAGCCAGGUUGGGGAAAGAUCCUAGAAGCUAUGGCAGUUUCUUUGUUGGGAGUGUCAAUAGCAUGCACGAUGAUGUACGUUAUAAAUGAUUGCCGUACACUAGGAAAAGAUCCAACAUCCUAUCCAGUGAAGUUAUUUUGUGGGGACAACGAAUAUAAUGCAGUAGCCGCAUUAUGGUUUCAAACACCAGAGUCCACCGCUAAAGCACUUUUUCACGACCCGCCAGAGUCUCAUCAAAUAUUAACAGUAGCGAUUUUCGUUGUUGUCUACUACUUCCUAUCGUGCCUUACUUUUGGCCUCAAUGUAUCUUUGGGCAUUUUCAUUCCUACUGUGUUGGUUGGAGCGGCGUGGGGUCGCUUGGUGUCGAUGGUUUUGCAACAUAUGUGUCCGACCGCAACAUUUCUACAUCCCGGAAAGUAUGCUCUUAUUGGAGCAGCAGCGCAAAUGGGAGGAGUUCUUCGUAUGACAAUAAGUUUGACGGUUAUUUUGUUGGAAACGACGGGGGUUGAUAGUACGUUCGCCUUUCCCCUAAUCAUAACUUUGAUUACAGGCAAAUUCGUUGGUGAUUUCUUCAAUGAGGGCAUAUACGACAUAGUAAUUCGUAUCAACCACGUUCCAAUACUUCCUUGGGAACCACCACUGAAAUAUCGUUCUCUAAAAGCUUCGAAUAUAAUGAGUUCUCCCGUAGUAUGUGUAAAAAUGCGUGAAAAGGCGAAUUACAUUAUUGAUAUUCUGAAAAGAUAUACCUACAAUGGAUUCCCAGUCGUUGAAGAUGUCCAAGGGAAUGACCGGUCGAAAGGUCGCGUAUGCGGAAUCAUUCUACGAAGUCAAUUGACUGUUAUUCUCAAAGAAAGCUUAUAUGAAGAGAAAAAGCGAUUAUGGCAGGAUCAGAUCUCCAUAGAAACAUUCCGGAAUGAAUAUCCCCGUUAUCCGACAAUUGAUAAAUUUGAACUACAUCUGGAUAAACAUGAUUAUACAGUGAAUUUCGAUAUAUUCAUGAACCCUUCGCCAGUUCGCGUUGGAGAGGACGACUCAGUUGCAAGGAUUUUCCAAACUUUUCGCGCGCUGGGCUUAAGGCACAUGAUUGUGGUGGAUAAUGAAAAUAGAGUCCGAGGAAUGCUUACACGAGUGGAUUUCAUUUUCAAAGAAGAUUAAUUCGAAUAUUGAUUCUCACUCAUGGCAAUCUAAUAAUGUUAGAUUUCGCCAUGGAAUAUUUAUUCAAGCGAAUAAAAAUCAUUGAAGUAUAAAUUAAAAAGCCAAAACCCUUCAACUAGAUAUUCCAUAUAUUAUUUCCUUGACAUUCAUUUUGUAUCACUUUAAUUUUAUUUCUUGUGAAAAGACGAUUUUAUAUACUUUAUCUUAUUACUUUCUUAGUUCUAUUUUUUAUGUAAGAACGGAAAAAAACCUACAAGAGAAAUAUUACACUAUUAAAUAUUUUGGAUAAGUGAAUUAGAGAAUUUUCGAUUUUAUUUCGACAAAUUUAACUAAAUUACAAUUAUAUAUCUAUGUAAGUAAUUCGAAUACACUUGUCUUAUACAGUCUGCGUGGCCUAUGAAACGAAAAACUAGUCUGGAAAAAUUUACCAUUAUAAACGAUAAGAGAAAUUUAAGAUCAGCGGAUUGACAUUUGAUUUGAAAAAACAAUCAAUUUGAAAAAUUUUAAAAGAUAUGCUAAGGCUACAGUGAAAAUUACCUGCUCGGAAGACAUUGGCGAAAUAAGGGUUUUGCAAGUCUGAUUUAGAAUUUUCGAAACCGAUUCAGAAUUGUUCAAACUAACUUUAGACUUUUCCAAGUCAAUUUCGGAAUUUUCCAUUUCCAAUCCAGAUUUUUUUCAAUAUUUUACUUUUAUACAAACGUUUUCCACUGGAUAGAGAUGGAACUGGGUUUUUUUGUAAUAUGAACAGCCUAGAUAGAAAAAAAUGAUUAUUUAUACACAAACUGAUUUUUUAAAUGUCAAAAAUCCUUGAGUAUGAAAAUAUAGGAAUAUUUUGGAGCA